UUGGUCUUCUGGAAGAUCAGAGUGUAAUCUAUGCAUGGAGUUGAAAAAGAUUUUAAAUUGAUUUCUCGCAACAGUCAGUGAUCUCUCUACAAAUGUGCUCCUAUGAAUCCCACAGAUGAUUGGGUGGUCUACAAUACAAUCCCUUUAAUGUGGUCAUACCUUUCUUAUUCCUCAUUUCUGCCCAUAAAGCCUCACUAAAUGAGCUCUUCAGUCUGACCUGCCUGAGCACAGUUAUGCCAUUUUCCCUAACUAAUAAUGCCACCCUCCCCCUUUAAUCCCUCCCGCUCUAUCACCUAUAAAGCAAUGGAACCCCAGGACUUUGAGCUGCCAGUCCUGCAAGCAAGUCUCACAAAUGGCUAAAGAAACAUAAUUCCAGAUGUUGAUCCAUGCCCUGAGCUCAUUUGCCUUUCCUACAAUACUCCUUGCAUUAGUCCCAGCAUGCUCAACUUUGUGAUUCCUGACUUUAAAUGUAGGCUUAAUGAUAUCUUUCUCCAAAUCCACUCCACGAUCUGUUCCAGCACUCUGGUUCCCAUCCCACUACAACUUUAGUUUAAAUCCCACCCACACAACACUAGCAAAACCUUCCCACUAGGACAUUUGUUCCCCUCCAAUUCAGGUGCAAGCUGUCCCUUCUGUACAGGUCCCACCUUCCCUGGAAGAGAGCCCAAUGAUCCUAAAACCUGAAUCCCUCUCUCCUGCACCAUUUCCUUAGCCACAUGUUGAACUGUAUGACCUUCUUAUUUCUGGCCUCACUCACACCUGGCAUGGGUGGCAAUCCUGAGAUCAUAACCCUGGAGGUCCUGUUCUUUAUCUUAGCACCUAUCCUCCCGAACGCAUUGGCAGGACCUUGUCACCCUUUCUACCCAUGUCAUUAGUAUCAACAUGGACCAUGACCUCUGACUGCUUCCCCCUCCCACUUAAGAAUACUGUGGACUCAAACUGAAAUGUCCCUGACCACGGCAUCCGGGAGGUCACAGACCAUCAGCAACUCUCGUUCUCAUUCACAGAACCUCCUCACUUUUCCCCUAACCAUCAAAUCCCCUGUCACUAUAGCUCACCUCCUUUCUCCUCCGUUCCCUUCUGAGCCACAGAGCCAGACUCAGUGCCAGAGACCUGACCGCUGUGGCUUUUUUCUGCUGGGUCAUUCCCCCCCCCCCCCCGCAGUAUCCAAAGCGGUAUACUUGUUAUCAAGGAAAUAUAUUUUUCCUAUUAAUCCCUUUCUCCUGCCUUCUCCCCACAGCCGUUGACACCCUUACUAAUUCAGUACCUAUCCACCUUCCCUUAAAUAUGCUCAAUGACUUGGCCUCCACAGCUGUCUGUGGCAAAGAAAUUCCUCAAAUUCACCCCUCUCUAGCAAAAGCAGUUCCUCCUCAUGGGCCUGUAUUAUCAUGUCUUUGAAGAAUGAGGAGCAAUCUCAUUGAAAAUAUCAAAUUCGUAGAGGGUUUGACAGGGUCAAAGGUGAGAGUGUGCUCCCUGUCAGGAGACACUAAAAGGAGGGUUAUGGUUUCAUGCUAUGGGUUGUACAUUUUAGGACUUCAGGGGAUCAUAUAGGAAAGUAGAUGAAAUAGAGGAUUACUGAAUGGUGGAGUAGUGUCAAAAGGUUAUAUGGCCCUCUUCUCAAAGUCAAGUUUAUUAUCACAUACGCAAAUACAUGUAUGCACAGGAACAAUGAAAAACUUACGUGCAGCUGCAUCAUCAGGCAGAUCAUAUUCUGCUCUCAUCCCCAAUGUCUUCAUGAUUUCAAACUGGAGCUGCAAGUUGACCAUGAGAUUUUUGCAUUCGUGAGGUUACAGGAAAACCAAUGGCAUUAAUUAGAAAAAUUAAUCAGGGUUUACUACUCUUAGUUAUUCUGACAUUUUGCCUGGUGCUAUAUAACAAAUUUCACAACACGCCGCUCUACGAGGAAGAGACAGCUGAAGAACUGGGUUCUCAGACCCCACAUAGUCCAGUCCAUACAGCAGAGAAAAGCAAAGGUGAUUCUGUAGAAGAUCUAAUACCUAUCAUAAUAUGUGCUGCAGAGGAUCGAAUGGGAGGAACAAUAGCAACAAUUAAUAGCAUCUACAGUAACACCAAGGCCAAUGUCUUCUUCUACAUAAUCACCCUGAGAAACUCUCUUGGCCAUCUAAGCAAAUGGAUUGAAAGUACGAAACUGAAAGAAAUACAGUACAAGAUAUUGGAAUUCAACCCUAUUAUACUUGAGGGGAAAGUAAGACCUGACUCUGCAAGGCCUGAGUUACUUCAACCUCUCAAUUUUGUCCGAUACUUCAUUCCUUAUUUUAUCCGGAAUCACGAAAAGGUGAUCUACUUGGACGAUGAUAUCAUCAUACAAGGUGAUAUCCAGGAGCUGUAUAACACGGCCUUGAAUCCUGGCCAUGCGGCUGCCUUCUCAACAGAUUGUGACCUGACCUCAACUCAUGAGAUGGUUCGGAGUAUGGGAAUGCAGACGACCUAUAUGGGACAUUUGGAUUACAGGAAGGCAACGGUGAGAGCUCUGGGCAUAAACCCCACAACCUGUUCCUUUAAUGUUGGUGUCUUCAUUGCGAAUGUCACAGAAUGGAAACGGCAGCACAUUACAAAGCAGCUGGAAAAGUGGAUGGUGAUUAACGUGGAAGAGAACCUGUACAGCAGUGCAUUGGGUGAAGGGGUAGUGACCCCUCCUAUGUUAAUAGUAUUCCACAACAAACACACUGUCUUGAACCCGUUAUGGCACAUUCGCCACCUUGGUUGGAGCCCUGAUGCCAGAUAUUCAGAACAUUUCCUUUCUGAAGCAAAAUUGCUACACUGGAAUGGAAGAUUUAAACCCUGGGAUUAUCCCACUGCACAUAUGGAAUUCUGGGAGAAGUGGUAUCUCCCUGAUCCAAGGGGGAUUUUCAGACUUGUGCGACCCAACAAUUAAGACCUGUACUAUGUGUAGAAACUUUACUUGUUUAUCCUUGAUGGAACAAACUAUUUUUUUGACUGUAAUUCUCAGCAGUUAGUUGAUUUUGUUUUGAACUGAAUGUAAUAAUUAUGUAAUUGACCUGUUCUAUUUGCUAGGGAAAAUUUAAAACAAUAUGCAUUCAUUGUGAAAAUUGUUCUAUUUUAAAAAGGUGUUUGCUUUUCUAAUGUUCAGGAAUAUGUUUUUGAAUGAUCUACAUAUGGAAUAAGGACCAUGACUGUCACUGUCAUGCAGUAGGGAUAUUGAAAACUAUACACAAAGAAGGUGCAAAUAUAAAGCAUUCCAGAUUCAGUGACUAUUCAGUGAGAUUCAGUAGCAAAGUGGAAAUAAAGAGAUAAAUAUCUUAAGGCAACUGUAAAACAUAAUAAAAUAAAUGCCAACUUUG